GGUGAGUGUCCCCGGGGGGCGGGACGCUGACGGCGGGCCCGCAGCCGGCGGGGCACCAUGCCGUCGUCGGGGCACCGGCUCCGCGACGUCGAGCACCACCCGCUGCUGGCCGAGGCCGACAGCUACGACUCGUCCUCGUCCUCGUCGUCCGGGGCCGAGGCGGACGCGGCCGAGCGCGUGUGGUUCAUCCGGGACGGCUGCGGCAUGGUGUGCGCCGUGCUCACGUGGCUGCUGGUGGUCUACGCCGACUUCGUGGUCACCUUCGUCAUGCUGCGGCCCUCGCGCGACUUCUGGUACUCCGUGCUCAACGGCGUGCUCUUCAACUGCCUGGCGGCGCUGGCGCUCUGCUCGCACCUGCGCACCAUGCUCACCGACCCGGGGGCGGUGCCCAAGGGCAACGCCACGAAGGAGCACCUGGAGCGGCUGCAGCUCAAGCCCGGCGAGGUCCUGUACAAGUGCCCCAAGUGCUGCUGCAUCAAGCCCGAGCGCGCCCACCACUGCAGUAUUUGCAAGAGGUGCAUCCGGAAAAUGGAUCACCACUGCCCGUGGGUGAACAACUGCGUGGGGGAGAAGAACCAGCGCUUCUUCGUGCUCUUCACGAUGUACAUCGCGCUGUCCUCGGUGCACGCCCUGAUCCUCUGCGGGCUGCAGUUCCUCUCCUGCGUGCGCGGGCAGUGGACAGAGUGCAGCGACUUCUCCCCGCCGGUCACGGUGAUCCUGCUCAUCUUCCUGUGCCUGGAGGGGCUCCUGUUCUUCACCUUCACGGCCGUCAUGUUCGGCACCCAGAUCCACUCCAUCUGCAACGACGAGACGGAGAUCGAGAGACUGAAAAGCGAGAAGCCCACGUGGGAGCGGAGGCUGCGGUGGGAGGGGAUGAAGUCUGUCUUCGGGGGGCCCCCCUCGCUGCUCUGGAUGAACCCCUUCGUCGGCUUCCGGUUCAGGCAGCUGCAGCCGCGGCUGCGCCGAGGGGGCCCCGAGUUCUCCGUGUGAGGCCGCCCCGCGCCGGGACUUGCCGACAGACUUGAUUCCCGGGGCUCCGGGGCAGCCGCGGGCGCACCCCCGUUGCUUGCAUUCGGGCCCCGAGGUCGGUUUCCGACCGGAACUGGACGCCACUCCCCGGCGCAGUGGCGCAGGCAGGGGCCGCCGCGGGACUCGUCUCUGCGCCCUCGCCCUCGUGGGCACCGCCCGGGCUGCCGCCUCCCCCACGAAGGGGCCGCUCCACGGGCGGGCGGCGGCCCCGAGGAGCUCGGACACUCUGCACUGAGCCUGCGGCCGCGGCCCCGGUCCGGCCGUGCGCGUGCAGGUGCGCGUGGCAGCUCCGCGCUUCAGGGAGGGGGGCUGGGCCGGGGCCUUUCGGGAAUGUGGAUCCAAAGAGCAGCCUCCCGUGUUCUGCUCGGACCGUGGGAGAGGACCCGGGCGCGGGCAGCAGCGGGCACGGCCCGGCGCAGAGCAAACAGCCCCUUCCCGGGCACUCGCCUUAAACUUGCCUGCUGGGCCGUGCGGGGU